AUGACCGAGGAACAACUCGAUGAGAAGUAUCCCAACCGUCCUCACAACCACUCCAAGACCUUUCCCUUCAGCGACCUGUUUCUCACCCUUUUCAAUCCACUCAAUGAGAACAAGAGACGCCGUGGCGGUCCCGCCUUGGUAAGAAGACGUGGCGUCAGUCACCAGAAGAAUGUCAACGAGACUCGUAGAUCAAUCAUCGAAAAGUUCAUCAACCGAUGGCGUACCGAGGUUGGCAACGACAUCUUUCCUGUCUUUCGUCUGAUCGUGCCCGAAAAGGAUCGCGAAAGACCCAUGUACGGUCUAAAAGAAGCUACCAUUGCCAAAUUGAUGCUCAAGACUCUGCAAAUCGACAAGAAUAGCGAACCCGGCUACAACUUGCUUCAUUGGAAAUUGCCAGGAGUCAAGUCUACAAGCCAGAUGGCUGGUGACUUUGCUGGAAGGUGUUACGAGACAAUGUCCGGACGUGAAGGUCGUUCAGGUCCUGGCAACCUCACCAUCGAACAAGUCAACGAGAUGCUUGACGAGCUGUCCAAGAAGCAGAAGGAGGCAGAACAACUACCCAUCUUUCGAGAGUUCUACAAUAACAUGGAUCGUGAGGAAAUGAUGUGGUUGAUCCGUAUCAUCCUGCGUCAGAUGAAGGUAGGCGCUACUGAAAAGACCUUGUUUGAUGCAUGGCAUAAAGACGCCGAGAAACUGUUCAACGUCUCGUCAAGUUUGAGACGAGUCUGCUGGGAACUGGUCGACCCCGAGAUCAGGCUUGAUGGUAACGAUACCGGUAUAAAGAUCAUGCAAUGUUUCCAACCUCAGCUUGCACAGUUUCAGAUGCAUACUGUUGAAAAGAUGGUCACCCAGAUGCAAUGUACCGAAGAGGAUCCCAUCUUCUGGAUCGAGGAGAAGCUGGAUGGUGAGAGAAUGCAGCUUCACAUGAUUUACGACGAAUCGACUCCUGGAGGGUUUCGCUUCAAUUACUGGUCACGAAAGGCGAAAGACUAUACCGAUCUGUAUGGCAAAGGCUUUGAAGAAGAACAGUCUGCGCUCACCCGUCACCUUAAAACCGCCUUCAACGAGAAUGUACGAAGCAUCAUACUCGAUGGUGAGAUGAUCUCUUGGGACAUGAAGGAUGACAGAAUCGUUGGCUUUGGCCAUCUCAAAACACACGCCAAAGCGCACCGAGAAGACAUAAACUCGCCACAUGCACGUCCGCUGUUUCGUAUCUUCGACUGCUUAUACCUGAACGACGAAGUCUUGACAAACUACUCACUCCGCGAUCGAAGAAAAGCUCUUGUUUCAGCUGUGAACAAUGUCCACCGUCGGUUCGAGAUUCACGAAUACGUUGAAGCCACGACAGCUGCAGAUGUGGAGCCCGAGUUGCGCAAGGUGGUAGCAGAAUCUUCCGAGGGUCUUGUCAUGAAGAACCCUCGCUCUGUCUAUCUCCUUAAUUCCCGCAACAGUGACUGGAUGAAAGUUAAGCCCGAAUACAUGACCGAAUUUGGCGAACAGCUCGAUUGCGUUGUGAUCGGAGGCUAUUACGGCAGUGGUCAUCGAGGAGGCAACCUUUCCAGUUUCCUUUGCGGUCUGGCUCCGCCCAGUCAUCUCGCAACUUCCAAUCCGGAAUUCAUGUUUUCGUUCUGCAAAGUCGGCGGUGGAAUGACAGCUCAUGACUAUGCCGAGAUACGACACUUGACUGACGGCAAAUGGACGCCAUGGGAUAAGAAGAAUCCUCCAUUGGAGUGGAUUGAACUCGGUGGUCAUGAGGAAAAUCUGCAAUACGAGAUGCCUGAUGUCUGGAUCAAGCCCAGUGAGUCUGUGGUCCUUCAAAUCAAGGCCGCGUCAGUCAUCGAGCAGGAGAAGAGAUAUCGCACCAAAUGCACGCUGCGCUUCCCACGAUUUACUGCGCUCCGCAAAGAUAAGGAUUGGAAAUCAGCCCUUACUUGGGAAUCCUUUAGAACUCUCAAAGCUCGCGCCGAGCAUGAGAGAAAGGAAAAGGAGUUCAAAGUUGACGAUGCUCGCAAGAAGCGUGCCAAACGUGCUCGUAAGAAGGUUCUAACCAUCAUCGGCGCAGACGAACAGGUCAAAACGCCAUAUGCAGGUCCUGAAUCUGCUCUUUUCAACGGCAUGAAUUUCUACAUCAUCACUGGCGCUGCAAAGCCAAUGAACAAGACCAAAGCAGAAUUGGAGCAACUGGUCAAGGCGAAUGGAGGUAACAUCGUCGCCACUCAUAGUAAUGCCGACACCAUAUGCAUUGGAGAAGGCAAUCCCAUUCGCAUAGCUUCAAUCAAGAAAGCUGGUACUCGAAACAUCUUCAAGCCACACUGGUUGUUGGAAUGCGUCAAGCAGGCUGAAACAGAUGUCGGAAGACCCAACGUCCUUCUCCCCUUCGAACCACGCCACGUCUUAUUCAAGAAGGAGGAAGACGAGGACAGCUUCAACGGCAAUACUGACGAAUAUGGCGACAGCUUCGCCCGAGAUGUUGAUGUUGAAGAAUUGGAAAAGUUACUUGCUGAUAUGCCCAAGUUCGAAGAUGACGACUACGAUGUUGAUGAGAUUAUGGAUGAGUUAUUCGAUGACGAUGUUCUGGAUGGACCAGGAUGUAUGUUCAGAGGUCUACGCAUACAAGUUUCUGGCCAAGGUACACACAUCGAGGCUGCGAAGCGUGUUGUUCUAUUUGCCGGAGCACGUCUGGCGGACUCAAUGGACGACGAGAAAAUUACACAUGUUGUGGCCGGAUCAGAAGCGGAAGCAAGAGAAUUGAGGAUACAGACGGCCCGCCGCCGAUAUCCACCACGCGUUGUCACAACAGGCUGGGUCAUGAAGUCACUCAGAGAAGGCACGAGGCUUGAUGAGGAGAGUGAGCUUUGA